AAUGAGUAAAUUAUGAAUAAGUGUACAUAUGUACCUAAAUUGAAACGAUGUCACAUCAUUGGAUUCAAAAUUUGGCACAUGCAAUAGUUAAAGACAUGGGUUUUUUAUGCCCAUACCAAUUCACCAAUCAUAUUCAAUAUACGAAAAAUACGGUACAAAUAGUUAUGCAUGUAACUGACUAUUUUGUUAAUUUAUAAGUGGUAAAUACAUGCAGAGGUGAGAUUUAUUUUUUUUUGUUUUGCACAUUUUGUACACCACGAAAAACGUUGUUGUAGAGAAUGAACUUAUGUUUUUUAUCUGUUAUCGUCAUUUUCGGACGCUUUAUGGUUGUGUAUUAUGUAUGUAUGUAUGUACUUGCACUGAUUAUGAUGUAUACAGCACGCGUACAAAACGUAUGUAUGUUUAAACCUGUAUGAAAUUGUCGAGUAAUAUACAAAUGUCUGUACCAAAUGAUCCAUUAUCAUCGCAAUACUGUUACAGUCAGCAGAGGUAUAUUGACAUUGGCUACAUGAUCUUUACCUCAAGGACGACUGUCCAGUUCAAUUUUUACUGCACGUGGUGACGUUUAAUUUAUCCCAUCAUAUAAACCAGUACCAAAAAUACGUACAAAACAUUGCACAAUUAUAAUUAAUUUAAAUUAAGUAUUAAAAGAGUUAGCUUCCUUACUAACUUAAAAUGCAAGAUCCCGAAAGUUACGAAAGCACCAAAACUGGUAACGACCCCGUCGCGGUAGAAGCAUUUUCUAAAUUUGCGUCAAAAAUGGAAUGGUCACCGAACGAAUUGUACCUGGAUUUCGGGUGUGGUGCGGGCAGUAAUUUGUAUACUUAUCUGCUCCCCCUGGCCAAAAAGAACACUUCCAAAAUUCAUGGAGUGGAUAUUUCUUCCGUGAUGAUUGAUCAUGCCAGGAAGCAUUUUUCAAGCGAAGGAGUUCAAUAUUUUGCAAGAGAUAUGAUCCAUGAGAAAGAAUUUACUGGGGAGGAGUACGAUAAAAUAUUUUCAUACCAUGUCCUUCAUUGGAUCAAGGAUUAUGAACUUGCGAUGAAACGAUUUUACGACAUUCUCAAACCUGGAGGAUUUGUUGGUGCAACUCUUGUCACAAUGGGACCACAAUUCUGGAUGUUGCAAAAUUUGGGACAGAGUGAAAAGUGGCGUGGAUACUGUAAAGGAUAUGAAAAUUACAUUCCAAAAUGGAUUGAUGCCGGAAGUGAUGCUGAAGACAAUAUUGAAAAAUCCUUGCUAAAUUGUGGUUUUGAAAUUGUAAGCCUUGAAAAAAUCGUUCUCAAGCAUGGGAGUGACAUUGAACCUUUAAUGGAUUUGUUGCUAUCUUUGAAUCCCUUUCUCAAUGAGAUUCCAGCACAUCUCCGGAAUGACUUGAGAAAUGACGGACUCGAUAUUCUUAAAAAGAUGCAAAACGACAAAUUGGAUGUAUAUCGUCAUGAUGGGUUAUGCUUUAUUGCGAGAAAGCCAAAGUGUUAAAAACUAUGUAUCUACGAGGAGUGUACAUAUGAAUAAUGUCUCCACAAAUUUGUUUUGCAUUUACACUUAAAAUUAACUGACACAAAAUUCUGAGCAUGUCAAAUUAGACUAAUUUGUUCUUGAGUAAAAUAAAUUCAACUUAUGCACGUA